UCAGGCUCUCGGCAGACCCAGGCAGCGUCGCUGUGUCUGUCACAUUGGGGGCAGCUGCCCCAUCUCCCAGCAAUGAGCUCAGGCUCACAGGAGACUCAGGCAGCGUCACUGCAUCAGUCACACUGGGAGCAGCUCCUCCCCUCCCAGUGAUGGGCUCAGGCUCUCAGCAGACCCAGGCAGCAUCAGUCACGCUUGGGGCAGCCCGUUCACCCACUCUGGGCUCCCUUCUCUCCUCCAGGACGAUCAUCAGCUCUCAGUGGAAGACCUGGAGCUGAAGUACCAAACCAACGUGACCAAGGGCAUGAACAGCACAGUGGCAGGAGAGAUCUUGCUCCGGGAUGGCCCCAACGAGCUCAAACCCCCCAAGGGGACCCCUGAAUAUGUCAAAUUCGCCCGCCAGCUGGCCGGGGGGCUGCAGUGCCUGAUGUGGGUGGCCGCUGCCAUCUGCCUCAUAGCCUUCGGCAUCCAGUGCGGCCAAGGAGACCUGACCAGCGCGGAUAACCUGUACCUGGCUAUUGCCCUCAUCGCCGUGGUGGUCGUGACCGGCUGCUUUGGCUACUACCAGGAGUUCAAGAGCACCAACAUCAUCGCCAGCUUCAAGAAUCUCGUGCCACAGCAAGCCACAGUGAUUCGGGACGGGGACAAAUUCCAGAUCAACGCUAACCAGCUGGUGGUGGGUGACCUGGUGGAGAUCAAGGGCGGGGACAGGGUCCCGGCCGACAUCCGGAUCAUCACGGCACAGGGCUGCAAGGUGGAUAACUCGUCUCUGACAGGGGAGUCCGAACCCCAGACCAGAGCCCCCGAGUGCACCCACGAGAGCCCCCUGGAGACCCGGAACAUCGCCUUCUUCUCCACCAUGUGCCUGGAAGGCACCGCCACCGGCAUCAUCGUUAACACCGGAGACCGCACCAUCAUCGGGCGCAUCGCCAGCCUGGCCUCGGGCGUGGAGAACGAGAAGACGCCCAUCGCCAUCGAAAUCGAGCACUUUGUGGAUAUCAUCGCCGGCCUGGCCAUCUUCUUCGGGGGCACCUUCUUCGUCGUCGCCAUGGUGAUCGGCUACCCCUUCCUCAAGGCCAUGGUCUUCUUCAUGGCCAUUGUGGUGGCCUAUGUGCCCGAGGGGCUGCUGGCCACUGUCACGGUCUGUCUCUCACUCACAGCCAAGCGUCUGGCUCGAAAGAACUGCGUGGUGAAGAAUCUAGAGGCAGUGGAAACUCUGGGCUCCACCUCUGUCAUCUGCUCUGACAAAACGGGUACCCUGACCCAGAACCGCAUGACUGUCUCCCAUCUCUGGUUUGACAACCAGAUUCACACGGCUGACACCACAGAGGACCAGUCAGGGCAAAGCUUCGAUCAGUCAUCAGAGACAUGGCGAGCUCUGUGCAAAAUCGUGUCUCUCUGCAAUCGAGCCUUUUUCAAAUCAGGCCAGGACAACGUGCCGGUGCCCAAGAGGAUCGUGAUUGGCGACGCCUCAGAGACGGCGCUGUUGAAGUUCUCCGAGAUCACGCUGGGGAACGUCAUGGAGUACCGGGAGCGCUACAAGAAAGCCUGUGAAAUCCCCUUCAACUCCACCAACAAAUUCCAGCUGUCCAUCCAUGAGCUGGAGGACCCCCGGGACCCCCGGUACCUGCUGGUGAUGAAGGGAGCCCCGGAGCGGAUCCUGGAGCGUUGCGCCACCAUCAUGAUCAAGGGGCAGGAACUGCCCCUGGACGAGCAGUGGAAGGAGGCGUUCCAGACAGCGUACAUGGACCUGGGGGGCCUGGGGGAGCGUGUGCUGGGGUUCUGCCACCUGUACCUGGACCCAGGGCAGUUCCCACGCGGCUUCGCCUUCGACACGGAGGACAUGAACUUCCCCACCAGCGGGCUCUGCUUCGCCGGCCUCAUCUCCAUGAUCGACCCGCCCCGCGCCACCGUGCCUGACGCCGUCAUGAAGUGCCGCACGGCCGGCAUCCGGGUUAUCAUGGUGACUGGAGACCACCCCAUCACGGCCAAGGCGAUUGCGGCCAGCGUGGGCAUCAUCUCAGAGGGCAGCGAGACGGUGGAGGACAUCGCCGCCAGGAUGCGCAUCCCCGUGGAGCAGGUCAACAAGCGGGAGGCCCGGGCCUGUGUGGUGAACGGGGGGCAGCUGAAGGACAUGGAGACCGAGGAGCUGGUCGAGAUCCUGAAGAUGCAUCCCGAGAUGGUCUUCGCCCGGACCUCCCCCCAGCAGAAACUGAUCAUCGUAGAGAGCUGCCAGAAACUGGGUGCCAUUGUGGCCGUGACAGGCGACGGGGUGAACGAUUCCCCGGCUCUGAAGAAGGCUGAUAUUGGGGUGGCCAUGGGCAUCGCUGGCUCUGAUGCGGCCAAGAACGCGGCCGACAUGAUCCUGCUGGAUGACAAUUUUGCUUCCAUCGUUACCGGCGUGGAGCAAGGCCGCCUGAUUUUUGACAACCUGAAAAAAUCCAUCGCGUACACCCUGACCAAGAACAUCCCGGAGCUGACCCCGUAUCUGAUCUACAUCACGGUCAGCGUCCCCCUGCCCCUGGGCUGCAUCACCAUCCUCUUCAUCGAGCUUUGCACUGACAUUUUCCCCUCGGUGUCCCUGGCCUAUGAGAAAGCCGAAAGCGACAUCAUGCACCUGAAGCCCCGGAACCCCCGACGCGACCGGCUGGUGAACGAAGCCCUGGCUGUGUACUCCUACUUCCAGAUCGGGGCCAUCCAGUCCUUCGCUGGCUUCACGGACUACUUCACGGCCAUGGCCCAGGAGGGCUGGUUCCCCCUGCUCUGCGUGGGGCUGCGGGCCCAGUGGGAGAACGACCACCUCCAGGACCUGCAGGACAGCUACGGGCAGGAGUGGACGUUUGGGCAGCGCCUGUACCAGGAAUACACCUGCUACACCGUCUUCUUCAUCAGCAUCGAGAUGUGUCAGAUCUCGGACGUCCUCAUCCGCAAGACUCGCCGCCUCUCCGUGUUCCAGCAGGGCUUCUUCAGGAAUAAAAUCCUGGUGAUCGCCAUCGUGUUCCAGCUCUGCCUGGGCUGCUUCCUGUGCUACUGCCCCGGCAUGCCCAACAUCUUCAACUUCAUGCCCAUACGAUUCCAGUGGUGGCUGGUGCCGUUACCUUACGGCAUCCUCAUCUUCGUCUAUGAUGAAAUUCGAAAGCUGGGAGUCCGCAGGCACCCUGGAAGCUGGUGGGACAAAGAACUUUACUACUAAAGGCAAAGCUCUGCCCCGCGGCUGCCGCUGCCCCUCGGCCUCCUGCAGCACCUCAGGCCUCACACCCACCCCCUCAGUGCAGCAAAAGAGAUACAGACGCCCCCGCCGUGCUCCCAGUCCCUGCUUCCCCAGCCUGGAAACUACUGGAGAAUGCAACGCCUCAGCCAGCCCCCUCGGGCCAGGGGCACCAGCCAUGGAGGGAACAAGACUGGCCCACUAGC